AUGGUAGAAAAAGCGACAUGGAAUGUUUGGCAGUUGGGUAUUGGAUUCUUCUUCAAUUUUUUUGCGUUCAACUCGCAAGGAUUUAUUGAAGAAGUUGUGAUUGAUAGCGCGUCAGCUGAUCAGAAAAUUAAUAAUCAUGCGGGUUAUUAUAGUUUGGCGAUUAUAUAUGCCGUAUUCACUGCUGCCAAUUUCAUUGCCGCCCCGAUCGUUGAUAUCCUAUCUCCGAAAUGGGCCAUGGUGGUUGGAGCUCUUUGUUAUGCUGCAUUUCAAGUUGGUUUUCUGUUUCUUAAUGAAAUCUAUCUCUAUGCUUCAAGUGCGGUUCUUGGAUUUGGGGCAGCAAUUAUAUGGACGGGGCAAGGAUCUUAUCUCUCACAAAAUUGUACCAAGGCGACAACUAGCAGAAACAGCGCCUUACUUUGGGGACUUUCUGAAAGCAGCUUGCUCGGUGGUGGCAUAUUCUUGUGCGCAAUUUUCGGUGCUACAUCUGCUACUACACUCACCCCAGAUAUUAUAAAUGUGCUUUAUGCGGUCUUCACAAUUCUUGCCGUAUCUUCUGCAAUAAUUUUUGCAUUUCUUCAAGCUCCUGUAUUCCCAGAAUCAAGAAAUAAAAACGAUUAUGCCGAUUUGAUAGGAGGAACCUUUAAACUUAUGGUCACAAAGAAGAUGUUGCUGUUGUCAAUUGUUUUUGGAUACACGGGCAUCGAACUCUCGUUUUGGUCAGCAAUUUAUCCAACAUGCAUAUCAUUUACCCGUCAGUUAGGAACUAAUACAAAUCUUUUUCUUGCUUUAAAUAUGAUCACAACUGGUUUUGGACAAGGAACAGCUGGUCUCUUGUUCGGAUUACUCGGGGAAAAGCUGCGAAAGAUUGGCCGUGAUUCUGUUGUUCUGUUGGGAGCUGUGGUUCAUUUGCUUGCAUAUGCAUUGUGUUACAUGAACUUCCCUCCAGAUGCUUCUUUAAAACAAACUGACGACCUUGGAGGUUUGCUGUAUCCAAAUAUUUCAAUCUCAUUGAUUAUUGGAUUUCUACUUGGUUUCGGCGACGCGGCGUGGAACACUCAAUUGUACUCGUACAUUUGUGAUAGCUUCCCAGAUAAAAGCUCUCAAGCUUUCGCCGUGUUUAAAUUUUAUCAAUCGGGACUAUCUUGCGCUGCUUUCUUCUAUUCACCUGUCCUUCAACUCCAAUGGCAUCUCGCAAUUCUUACUAAGAGCGCUAUUUUGGCUUCUGCUGUGUAUUUUAUUGCCGAAGCAAUUGAACGGAACAAUGCUGCUAGCAAGGCAUCUCUCGAACAUUCAUUGAAAAACAGCACAAUUGCUUAUAAAAUUGAUGAAGACGAUCAGAAUUCGGGUAUUUUGAGUUUGACGUUUGAAAUGAAUUUACGAGUUUCACAGGCAUAA